GGAGAAUAAUACUUUACAGGCUGAAUCACAAAAGCGCACAACAGUCUUCAGUCGCUGCGGUAGAUGUGCGACUCCAAACGGGAGGCACGGUGACUGCGAUAAAGAAGGGGCGAGAAAACACACUUAGAGAUUGUUCCUGUAACAGGGAGAAUGCCAGCUAAAAGCAUGAACUCCGAUUUGGAGUUUGACUCUUUGCAGCCGUGUUUCUACCCGGACGAGGAUGACUUUUACUUCUGCAGACCAGACGCUGCACCGCCUGGUGAGGACAUCUGGAAGAAAUUCGAGUUGCUGCCCACUCCUCCUCUCUCCCCGAGCCGGGCAGCGCUUCCAGGGGAUCCGGAUGAGCUGGGUGCGAUGGCUGGGGAAUGCUCGCUGAUGGGGUUUGGAUUAACGGACCCGUUGGACUGGGCUUCCGAGCUUCUGCUCUUACCGGAGGACGACAUUUGGGGGGCGUCGGACGGAGACCUCUUCGGCUCCGUUUUGGAUACUACGGACAAUUCCAUCAUUAUUCAGGACUGCAUGUGGAGUGGCUUCUCCGCACGGGAGAAACUGGAGCGGGUGGUAAAUGAGAAACUCGGGAAAGCCGUCUCUACCCCUGCUGCCAGUGUUGAAGUCAGUAAAGAAGCGGCGGUCAAAGCGCCGGAGAUGAGCCCCUCUAUACCGAAGUGUGUGGACCCUACAGUGGUUUUCCCUUAUCCCGUUAACAAAAGAAACGGGAGCAGCAGCAGCCAAAGUGUCCCACAACCGAUAACGCAGCACUUGCAGUCGGUCAGCGCGGAUGAGACACUCAGCGACUCUGAUGAUGAUGAUGACGACGACGACGAAGAUGACGAAGACGACGAAGAUGAGGAGGAGAUCGAUGUGGUCACAGUGGAGAAAAGGCGUUCCACAUCCACCAAGAUAACCAACACUGGUCUGUCUGUUGCAAACUCUCAGGCAUCUGCAGGAGGGCGGUCGAGCACAGGGGUGAGCAAAGCUCCGCAGGAGUUAAUUCUGAAAAGGACAGCGGCGGCCUCCAUCCACCAGCAACAGCAUAACUACGCAGCCCCAUCCCCGUACUCCGACCCUCAAGACGUACCUACUGCUCCCCCCUGCAAGAAACUCAGAAUCGACAACAGCACUAUCUCUCUACGCACUGGCAGACACCAAAACUCUUCCCCAAACUCCCCUACUAACACAACACCGGGCCAACGUAUGAAGAAGAGCGAAACCAGCAGCCCACGAUGCUCGGACUCAGAGGACAGCGAACGGCGGCGCAACCACAACAUCCUGGAACGCCAGCGUCGCAACGACCUGCGUUCCAGCUUCCUCACUUUGCGCGACCAGGUGCCCGAGCUGGCGCACAAUGACAAGGCGGCCAAGGUGGUCAUCCUGAAGAAGGCCACGGAGUACGUCUACUCCCUGGAGGCACAGGAGCUCCGACUCCAGCAGGAGAAAGACAGAUUGCAGGCCCGGCGACAACAGCUUCUCCGCAGGCUUGAGCAAAGCAGGACACGCUAACCGCUAAUGCUCAACAUCGAUUCUAGGGACACUCACUGCUGACACUUUUUUUGCACAUUUUUUGACGUCAAGAAUGUUUCAGGUUUACUUUGUCACCCCAAUCACACGAUAAAGAAACAACAAUGAGGGAAGGGAGAAAUGUGAUGGAAAUGAACUAUAUUCCGCAUUUUGUUUUCCUGCAAGAACAACACAUGACAGGCAUUCUUUAUAAACAGAGCUAGUCUUUAAUAUACAAAUAUACAGACUUUACAUUUAAUAUCUUCCAGACAAUAAAGACUCUUCGAAAGGCUAUAAUAUUUCACACCACCAUCACUGGUGCUGAAUCUCAUGGAUGUACCUCUACGCACCUUGAUGUCGGACACUUUUGUAUAUAGAUUUGAUAAAGAAACGUACACUCAGUCUGCCUUGAUUUUGUACACGAUAUUGUCUUUUUUGUUUUUAUAAAGAUGACAAAAGCUGCCAAUAACUAGACUGGAAGUUUAUAUACCUUUAACAAGUACUGUAAGACCUCGAUUUAUGAGGAUUUUUGUAAUAUAAAGACACGUUGUUUUGUUCUUUUGGUCUUAUAAUCUCUCUGUUAUGACAUGCAUUACUAAUUCCUACAUUUAUGCUUUAGUGUGCUUCCGAUACAUACUAAAUUUGAUACUUAUAUUUUCGUAUGAAAAUGAGUUCUUAGAUAUCACUUUAUCUUGUUUUUUAUCCUUUUCUUAACUUUGUUUCUUUUGUACAGAAAAGUCUUUCUAUCUCCAUUUAUAAAACUUCUAUUCUUUGCUGUCUUUUUUCUUUGUUUAUAUAUUUGUAAGUAUUGGGUUCAUAGAACUGGGUCAAUCGGGAAAAAAAUAUUUUUUCUCAUUUUCUAUUAUGUACAUUUUGGUGCUGCAACUCACAGCACUUUGAAAUACCUCAUUUUGAAAAAUAAAUAGACAUUUUGAAAA